AUGAAGACGAACACGCGUCGAGCUGCAGUUGCAGCAAUUGCUUUCCUGCCAAUUGCAUAUGCGAUCACUCCAGAGCAGAUGCUUGCUGCUCCGAGAAGGAGUGCUGUGAUCCCUGAUCCAUCCGGUAACAUCGGAGUGUUUACCUCCACGACUUAUGAUUGGAAUGCGCAUGAGGCAACCACAGUUUGGAAUACGCUGAACUUGACCAGCGGCGAGAUUUCCCUUCUCUACAACGGAUCAGAUAUCUCCGAAAUCCUGUUCGUCGGUCCCAACGCUACUAGCAUCAUCUACCUCAAUGGAACGAAUGAGGAAGAUGAUGGCGGUGUCAGCCUCUAUGCUGGCGAUAUUACGGCAAUUGACGAUGCAUAUCUCGUCGCUUCCUUUCCGGCGCCCUACUCUGGUUUGAAGGCAGCAACCACUCCUUCCGGGGACAUCAACUUCAUUUUCAACGCAGAAGCCUACCCCAACGGUACAGUAUACAAUGAGCUUCUGGCAGAAGAGUCUCUUAGCACUGCAAGGAUUUACGACAGCAUUUAUGUUCGCCAUUGGGACGUGUGGCGUUCAGAGCGCAACAAGAAUGUCUUUGCAGGAACAUUGACUGGAGGCGAUGAGUUCUCUUUCUCGGGUAGCCUCACGAACUUGGUACAUGGUCUAGCCAAUGCCACCGUGGCGGAAAGCCCCAGCGUGGUUGGGGACGAUUCGUCCGAGUACGAUAUUUCUCCAGACGGUAGUCUCGUCGUCUUCAAUACCAAGAACAUCGAUCUACCAGCAGCAAACUUUACAUCUUCGAUUCUAUACUUGGUCCCACACGAUCGCUCAACCGAGCCUGUACCGAUCAAUUCUUUCUCUGGUCUUUCAACUCCUCCUGAUGCUCGUGGUGCCACUUCACAACCUACUUUCAGCCCAGACAGUACGAAAUUAGCAUAUGUCCAGAUGAAUGGCAUCUCUUACGAGUCUGACAAGAACAUUCUUUACAUUGCCGAUGUCGCUGGUGAUGACUUCAAUAUCACCUCAUUGGCCGAAAAUUGGGAUCGAAGUCCAUCUCACAUUUCAUGGACCCCUGAUGGGGCUUCGCUUUUUGUUGGCUCGCCUGAUCGUGGCUACAAUCGGGUCUUCGAAGUUCCAUUGUCUGCAUCUGCAAGUUUUGUGCCCACCAAUAUCACUGACCAAGGAGCCCUGACCUCAUUAAACGUCCUGGCCAAUGGAAACAUACUCAUCUCUGACGCAAAAAUUUGGUCGUCUCGUGAUGUUUACGUCAUCUCGCCCAAUGGGUCCCUUGUUGCAGAUCUGCUACGGGCUAAUGAGAUCGACGAAGAGUUAUCGGGUUUAGGCCCUCAAGAUGUGUCUGAGAUCUUUGUACAAGGAAGCAUUGCCGAGGUGCAGGCGUUUGUUGUAACCCCGACAGGCUUUGAUCCCAGCAAGAAAUAUCCCCUUGCAUACAUCGUCCACGGUGGACCCCAAGUUGCUCAUCUCAAUACUUGGAGUACACGGUGGAAUUUUAGGGUUUGGGCUGAUCAGGGGUAUAUUGUCGUCGCGCCAAACCCGGUUGGCUCAAACAGCUUUGGUCAAGUGUUCCAGGAUGCUAUCCAGAACAAUUGGGGCAGCUAUCCGUAUGAGGAUCUCGUGGCCGUCUGGGAAUACGUCGAUGCAAAUAUCCCAUAUAUUGACACCGACAACGGUAUUGAAGCUGGAGCUUCAUACGGUGGGUACAUGACCAACUGGAUUCAAGGCCACGACCUGGGUAGAAAGUUCAAGGCGUUAGUGACUCACGACGGAGUCACGAAUAUGGUUGGCCAAUACGCCACGGAGGAGCUGUGGUUCACCCAGCACGAUAUGAAUGGUACUCUCUGGGACAAUCGUGACAACUUUGAGAGAUAUAACCCUAUCAACUUCAUCCACAACUGGGCCACACCCCAUUUUGUUGUCCAUAACGAUCUCGACUUCCGUCUCCCUGUGUCAGAGGGACUCUUCCUCUUUAAUGUCCUUCAAGAGAAAGGUGUGCCAAGUAAAUUCUUGAAUUUUCCUGACGAGAAUCACUGGGUGCUUAAGCGUGAGAACAGUAUUGUCUGGCAUACUGAGAUCUUUAAUUGGAUCAACCACUAUUCAGGUGUUGCAAACGCGACGGCCUGA